AUGUUGGACGGGUUGAGAUCACCGUGGGUGAGUACGGGGGGGCGGCCAUGGCCCGUCCUGCUUCUUGACCAUCGCCUUGAUUUCCCUCCGGUCCUCGUCGGCUUCGUGGUCCGGGUGGUCCUCGGGCCGCAGCCCGUGGCGGAGCCAGAGGUGGAACUCUUGGGUGGUAUUGAACGGCCCGAAGCGGGGCCAAGACCGGGGGAUACACUACGAGCGUCGCGCAGGGAACCGCCCACGCAGCUUCUCGAUCCCGCAUUCCGGGGGUGGAGGAAGCGCUCGGAGCUCCUGGAGCAUGGAAACCGAAGCUGUCGGAAGAUGCCGUCGCGGUCCUCCUCCGACAAUGUUUUCUACGCCCUAGAAAGAGACACGCCGCGGAUCCGGUCCAUGACGAUGAUUGCUCUGUUCUUGUGGACAAAGGCGCAGUGCACACGGGGGGACGGGAAUGGAUGUCUUGCAGGCCGCGAAUCGCAUGGUUGCGGCCUCUAUGAGGUGUGCAAACGGCCCGAUCUUGACGAUCGGAUUCCUGGAGAUAGGGGACGCAAGAGCCGCAGUAAUUAUCCCUAG